AUGGCUUCUUCUUCCUCGUCUCUGCAAGACACUAUUAAUUACACUAUAACACAAGAAGAGUUCAACAUGUUUCACACGAUCGACCGAAAGCUUUUUAGUCGAAUGGUUUUUUCCCUGGGUCGGGAGCCGGACGAGUCGGUUCGAGUGAUGGGAUUUUGGCUUUGGCUGGAAAAAAAUGGUGAAGAGUCGAGUUUGGUUUACAAAAUAUUGGGUUUGCCAGACGUUUUGGUUGAUGCACUUUGUGAUGAAGCCGUCAUGUCCUUGGCUUGUAUAGAAAACGACAAAUUCCCAUUUGAACCGGAUUCGACCGUAGAUGUUCCUCUCAUUCAACACGUUUCUAAAACUCCGGUUUCUCUCCGGUUCUUCCACCUAAACCGGCUCGGAAUCCUCCGUGGCGUUACCAAGAUGUGUAACGAUAUCUGCAAUAGAGCCUUUCUUGAUAUUCUCCAAGCGCUUCAUACACGGCGCGCGAUAUCACGCGCCCCCGCUGCCGUAUCCAUUCCGGCAGUUCAAGGCGAAGGCGGCCGUGGAAGGGUCUUUGAGGGCCGGGCUCCUCCGGUGAGUAAAUUUUUUGUACCAAGUAUUGGGUUUUUAGGGUUGAGGGGAGAGGGUUCGACGGCGGCGAUUCGGAGUGGAAUGAGUAGUUUGGAGUUGAAAAGUGGGAAGGAAGAAGAAGAAGAAGAAGGAGAAGAAGAAGGGGAAGCGAUUCCGGCGGAUCAAAGGACCAUUUUUCUGACUUUCUCGAAAGGAUACCCAAUUUCUGAAGAUGAAGUUAGAGACUUUUUUGGCAGAAGAUAUGGGGAUUUCAUAGAGAGCAUUCACAUGCAAGAGGCACACCCACCGGAGCAACCGCUGUACGCCCGGCUCGUGGUGAAAACAGAGUCCUACAUCGACCUCGUCCUCGAAGCAAGAACCAAGGCUAAAUUUUCCAUCAACGGUAAACACGUGUGGGCUCGAAAAUAUGUUCGUAAAACUCCAAUCAGGUCCUCUCCCAGACCUUCUCCACCCCCAUCUCCGUCACUUCGUCGAGCCCAAUAUGUUCGGAGACCUCCAAUCAGGUCCUCUCUCAUACCUUCUUCACCGCCAUCUCCAUCACUUCGUCACAUUAGGCCUCCUUUCAACUUCCCGUCAUCGCUCGCUCCCUGAUCAACUCAACUCGCUUUUAUUCUCAUUACUCUACAGUGUACAAACAAAUAUCAUCCUAUGCUCUCUGUAUCAAACCAUAGUGCAUAAAGUCUUAGAUCUUCCUUUUUUCUUUUUUUUUUUUUUUUUCUUUUCUAUAUAUAAAGUUUAUGUACUUGAGGAAUAAGUAAAGUCUAUGAAAUUGGAAAAUUAUGCCUC